CGCUACAAAAGCCGCCAGACCGCAACCCCGUCCAAGCACCAUCCGCCAUCGCAUCCAUCAACUUACUCCACCACGCAUUCAUCGCUUCAACCACUACUACCUUCCACAAACCAGCGCAAUGUCUGCAAGCGUCCUCUCCGACCGGGACACUAACGCCCCCAUGAAGGCCACCAAUGUCGACGAUGGCAAGCCUAAGUCAAUGGAGUACCACCGCCAGAUGCUCGAAUCAAAGAUGAAGAACGGCCAGAUGGAAGAACAAACCUACGUUUCCCCCUCCGAUGGAAUCCAGUCCCCGGCCACCCAGAAGCUCGCCGCCUUCAAGACCAAGCACGGUCUCAAGAAGGCCAAGCCUCAAUCCCUCUUCGGCAAGAUGGCCUCGAGGAACAUGGGGAACAGCGGUGCCCCCAUGUUCGCCGACAUUCCCCAAAACAAGCAAACCAACUCGGCUGCCGUCAACCAGAGCUCAUAGGGACGCCCGUAAUACCCGUUCCGUUUGCGGGGACGGUUUUGGAUGUGAUUUUGUCCAAGGCUGUCCAGCGGACUGCGGCGGUCGCCGGCUGACGAAACACGAUCGGGCGACCACCGACAGAGCUUCUUCAUGUAUUCUACUACCGGAUUGGUUUGGAUUUGAUGAUGGGGUGGUUACGGCGCUUUGAUACCCGGAGAGGUUAUUCGGGGGAUCGGGACAACGGUCACUACGGUUUCCUUGGUUUACUAAUUGGCGUUUCAUUCGGAAAAGCCCAGAAUACUAUAGAGGCACGGCUGGGAUAGGAUAUUCAGAAUAAAGUGCUUUUUCUUCGCUU